ACAUCCUGUACACUCAAACAUUACGAAAACUUAUUUGGGUGUACACUUGGUAUUCAUAAAACCAGAAAAAUGGCCGGUAAUUUUGUGGAAGUGUAUGUCAAACUCCCCACGGGGAGAACCACGACCCUGAACCUCCUCCCCGGCAGCAGGAUCAGCGAGAUCAACCAACACGUGGGACGGGAGGAGGGCGUCCCUGACGACAGGGUCCUGCUGAAGUAUCAGGGGAAAAUCCUGGAUAGAAAGAAGACGGUGGGGCAGUACGGAGUCCGAGCGGAGACCAUACUCAAGGCGGAGGUUGUUAUCCCACGGACAAUCAACGUGUACGUCAAACUUCCGGAUGGACGUUCAGUUCCGGUGACGGUGCAGACGACAGAUUUGGUAGCCUCGAUAUCGUCUGCUCUGUCGGAGAGUGAAGAUGUAGACGUGUCGUCAUUUAAAUAUCAGUUGAGUGGGGGCAGGGUGUUGACAGAGGAUCAGCCAUUGUUUUCUCAGGGAGUGGGAGAGGAGAGCACGAUAGAGACCAAGGAGAAACCAAAAGCCACAAAUAAAAACCCAUCCUCGGAAAAAACCGAAGAACCAUCAGAAGAAAUAAAGGAUGCAGUUUUAUCAAGUUUUGCCGCUGGAGGGAAAAAUGUGGAGGUGGUAUUUUCAUUCGAUACCACAGGAAGUAUGGCAAGCUAUCUGAAUAAGGUUCGGGAAAACCUACAAGAGACCUGUCGAAGACUGCUGCAAGAUAUUCCGAACAUCCGGGUCGGAUUAAUUGCCCAUGGCGACUACUGUGACCAGAACACGUACGUCAUCAGGCAGCUAGAUCUUACGUCAAAUGUCCAGGAAUUGGUCGACUUCGCUAAUAACACACCAAGCACAGGGGGAGGUGACACCCCAGAGUGCUAUGAGUGGAUGCUACACAAAGCUAAGUUCUUGGAUUGGUCUGAGGAUUCUGCUAAAGCUUUGGUAGUCAUUGGAGAUGCCCCUCCCCAUCCCCCCUCAUACACUGACCAAAACAUAAACUGGUGGAACGAGGUAGAACUGCUGAAAGGAAUGGGUGUUAAGAUAUACGGAGUCUUGUGUAAUAGAUCGGAGGGAGACGAGAAACAUUUUUAUGAAGAGAUUGCAGAGCAAACAGGGGGCUGCUUCCUUCACCUAAAUCACUUCAAUCUCAUCACUCAAAUGUUUUUAGCUGUGUGCUACAGUGAGUCCAGUGAGGAUCAGCUGGAAGCGUUUACUGAUGAACUGGAAAAGGAGGGAAAACUCACGGAGGAUACAAAAGUCCUGAUGAAAGAAAUCGGAGAGAAAAAACCUAAAGAGGACAGUGCCAAACCCAGCAAAAAGAAGAAAACAUACAGUUACGACUGGUGGGACGUGCAGAUUAAUGCAGACACAAGACCACAAUACAAAUACGACGCACAGAAUGACCGCUGGUCCUCAAAUUCAGAAGCCGUAAGUUCAGACACAUUUAGCAGUUUUACACAUAGUUAUACACCUCUCUCUGUCACAGUGAAAGCAAAGAGUAAGAAGAAAGGCUGUGAAAUCAUGUGAUUGUAUAAUAUCCUGUCAGAUCUAGGCUUCCUCAUAUCACGGAGCUACAUCUUUUCCCAGAAUUAUUUGAGUUGAAUCCCAGGACAAAGAAAACAAUGGCAAAAACCUAUAUUGCUUUUCCUGUGUUGUAGACAUCUUUAAGAUGAUCUACUGGGAUGUACAUCUACGUAAUACUAUGUGUCAGUCAUUUGAAGCAUAUAGUCUUCUCUGGAAUAGGAUUUGUAUCACCUGAUCAUUAUACCAUGUCCAGUCCUCAUUAGUGUGUAUGUGUUAAACAUCAGUGAUGGAUGAUUGCAAAUAACCAUUUAUGACAUACCUGGAUGUGACUUGGGUAGUGUUCUGAAGAAAAGGUGGAACUUUCAUGUUGUAUCCGCGAAUCUAGCAAAACAGUGAAGCCUUGUAAAGGCUACAAGUGCAAUACAACCUCAAGACUUGUAAUUAGAAUGCAGUUCCUUCAUUUUGUUCCGUUUCACUUUAUUUUAAUAUUUAAGUAAAAAAUAACACUUCCAAUUUAAAAGCUUAGAGAUCAUUUAAAAUAAUUUCUUUGUUUGUACAUUAUUGCAUAGUCACCA